GUUGCCGUGCCCCCGCCCGUGCCCGGGCUUUGCGCCCGCGCGGGUGGGCCCGGCCCUAAUUCCUACCCACUACGGCGGCCGACAUUGCGGCCUUCUAGUUCCCUCCGGCGUUGGGGGUCGUGAGGGGCGGGACAUGGGUGGCCGGAAGUGGGAGCUGUGAGCAUCGCCGCCUGGGGCGCCGAGGCCUGAGGCGCCGUCGGUGCCUCCGUGACGCACGCAUGGAGAGCACUGGGCGUUGGGCUGCGCACCGACGGCUAGCCGGGGCGUAUAGGCUCUGCGGGGCUGGGGCUUUGCAGAACCGACUGCCCUCCCGGGGUACGGGAACAUGAGGCUUGACCACGAGCCCUCCGCGGGCCAGGCGCGCGUAGCGCGGGCCUGCCCAGCUCGCCGGUGAAUUGCGCGGAGCCCCGGGACUCGCCCGUGGUUGUCGGUGGCGGCAUGGUCUUCUGUCUGGAAAACGAGGUGCCGCACCGCCCGCUGCGAAGCGCCAUGGUCCACUUCCAAGCCUCGGAAGUCCAGCAGCUGCUACACAACAAGUUCGUGGUCAUCUUGGGGGACUCCAUCCAGAGAGCUGUAUAUAAGGACCUGGUGCUUCUGCUCCAGAAAGACUCACUGCUCACAGUUGCCCAGUUGAAAGCCAAGGGGGAGCUAAGCUUUGAACAGGACCAGCUGGUGGCUGGGGGCCAGCUAGGUGAGCUGCACAACGGGACACAGUACCGUGAGGUCCGCCAGUUCUGCUCGGGUUCUGGCCACCACCUUGUACGCUUCUACUUCCUCACCCGCGUUUACUCCGAGUACCUUGAGGAUAUCCUGGAGGAGCUGACAUACGGGCCUGCCCCGGACCUGGUGAUCAUCAACUCCUGCCUCUGGGAUCUCUCCAGGUAUGGCCGCUACUCAAUGGAGAGCUACAGAGAGAACCUAAAACGAGUAUUUGUGCGCAUGGACCAAGUGUUGCCAGAUUCCUGUCUACUGGUGUGGAACAUGGCAAUGCCCCUGGGGGAGCGUGUCACUGGGGGUUUCCUUCUUCCAGAGCUCCAGCCUCUGGCCGGCUCUCUGCGUCGUGAUGUGGUUGAAGGGAACUUCUACAGCGCUACCCUAGCUGGGGAUCACUGCUUUGAUGUCCUGGACCUCCACUUUCAUUUCCGACAUGCAGUUCGGCACCGUCAUCGAGAUGGUGUUCACUGGGACCAGCACGCACACCGCCACCUUUCACACCUGCUUCUGGCCCACGUAGCCGAUGCAUGGGGUGUGGAACUACCCAGGCGAGACUAUCCCCCUGACCCAUGGAUUGAGGACUGGUCAAAGACGGAUCAUCCAUUCCAGGGAAGCCAUAGGCAGCCCCCAGACUUCGGGGAACAGCUGGCCUUGCCCCCACCCUCUCCUUUGCCCCCUCCUAUAUCUUUUCCCUACCCCCUUCCUCAGCCCUCGCCACCUCCCUUGUUCCCACCUCUUCCCCAAGAUGCCUCAUUUAUCCCGGGCCAGCCCUUCCCACCUCAUGAAUUCUUCAAUUAUAAUUCAACGGAGGACUUCUCGAUGCCAUCCAACUUAGGAUGUGGCCCUGGAGUGAACUUUGUGCCUGGCCCCCUGCCACCUCCAGUCUCUGGCCCUGUCUCCCAUGGUCAGCAGCGGAGCCCUGUGGUCGUCCGGGGGAUGUCACGCUGUGUUCCCAACAGCCCCUACCAUGUGCCAAGGAUGGGGGGACCUUGUAGACAGCGGCUCAGACACUCAGACAGACUGAUCCACACAUACAAACUAGACAGACGGGGACAUGCCCAUUCGGGAACAUGGCCUGGGUAGAGUGGGUGUUGGGCUUGGGGUUGGGUGUGCCAGUGACUCUUCAAGGCCUGCCUAGCACCCUAGGUGCUGGGAUAGGAUGUCUGCUAUGCCUGACAUUGAUCUUGUCCAUUGCUGUCACCAAUAAAGGCAUGGAAGGACA